CUCUUCUAACAAAUAUUACUUUUCCUGUCCACUGUCACUCAUUCAGCUCGGUGUUCUCCAAGAGACAAUAACCUGUGAUUGAUACCACUGAGAGUGAGAGUGUGUGCAUCAUGGAUGUUCUUAUGCCCUCCAUGCUAGGGGACGAUGCACACCUGAUGGCUGAGCCGGGGGUCCAGAUCUUCGAGCAGCCCAAGCAGAGGGGGAUGCGCUUCAGGUACAAGUGUGAAGGUCGUUCAGCCGGAAGCAUCCCCGGCGAGAAGAGCUCCGACAACAACAGGACCUACCCCAGUCUGCAGAUCCUGAAUUUCUGCGGUAAAGGGAAAGUGCGCGUGUACUUGGUGACAAAGAACGAGCCAUACCGACCGCAUCCACACGACCUGGUGGGGAAGGACUGCAAAGACGGAUUCUACGAGGCCGAGUUUGGUCCCGACCGCAGAGUGAUCGCUUUCCAGAAUCUGGGCAUCCAGUGUGUGAGGAGGAGAGAAGUGAAAGAAGCCAUCGUGCAGAGGAUGACCAGAGGGAUCAACCCCUUCAAUGUGCCACGUGAGCAGCUGCUGCAGACAGAGGAGUACGACCUGAACGUGGUUCGCCUGUGUAUCCAGGUCUACCUGCAGGACGAGAACGGCCACUACACCCGACAGCUAAACCCCAUCGUCACCAACCCCAUCUACGACAACAGGGCCCCGAACACAGCCGAGCUGAGGAUCUGUCGAGUCAACAGGAACAGUGGCACCGUCAAGGGCGGCGAUGAGAUCUUCUUACUGUGUGACAAAGUACAGAAAGACGACAUUGAGGUGCGAUUCUUCUCCGACGAUGGCUGGGAGGCCAAAGGCUCCUUCUCCCAGGCCGAUGUUCAUCGCCAAGUAGCCAUCGUCUUUAAGACUCCGUCCUACUACAACACCUCCAUAACAGAGUCGAUCACUGUGCACAUGCAGUUGCGCCGACCUUCUGACCAGGAAGUCAGUGAAUCGAUGGAUUUCAGAUAUCUGCCCGAUGACAAAGAUCCUUACGGCUACAAUGAGAAAAAGCGCAGACGAGAGCACUUGAUGAGGAUAUCAACAUUGUCAGGUGGUCCUUUUGCUAUGAACAGGCCAAAGGCAGUGCCACAGACUACCAUGAGUCACAUGCGGAAAGACCUCGGCAACAUGUACCUGAGGCAACCACAGCACACAGCUUCCAUGCAGCAACAACAACCGGCUGUGUUCAACACGCAGUACCAACCAGGCGCUCAAAAUGUAAUGAUGACAUCACAGGCUGCUAAUGCAGCAGUCAGCCAAUCAUGGUUGACUGGCGCAAAUCCCAACCCAGCACUCUCAAUGGAUACGGUCACCAUAAACCAGUCUGGUGCCAUGAGCAAUCUCCCACGUCCUAAUAGCAGCAGGCAACAGCAGCCGAACCGUGGAUCUGGUUACCAACACAGAGUAGUGCCCAGCGGCUUUGAGAACAACACCCUCCCUCUGCUCUCCGUGAGGGACUUGCAGUGCUUGGACACAGCCCCCCAGGCCCCUGUAAUGAACCAGAUAGAGACCCAGCCGCUCUUCCACAUGCAGAGGGAAGAGCUUGAGUCUGAGACCCGGGCCCAGAACCAUCUAGGCAACCAGAACCAGGGUCUCCAGACUGUGUGGACCAAUUUCAACACCCUCAAUCCAGUCCAGAACAACUUUAACGCGUCAGUACCUGGAGUUGGAGGGGGCUCACAGGGGUUGGGCUCUUUCUCCUUCCUAGGGGGAAUGGAAGGGGACGAUUUUCUGAAGGGCCUGGUGGGAGGAGUGCCUCAGACUGGCUUCCAGCUGAAGCAGGAGCCCCAGGUCACAAUGCUGCAAGAGACCCAUGCUUCUCUCAUGCAGUCCCCGAGGGAAAGCCAAGAAAAUACGUACACCAACUUGCUUCCUCGUGCUAUGAGCAAUGGCAUCAACAUGGAUCCAAUGAGGCAAGACGCUGGCGGCAACAUGCAGCCUCUUAAAAAUCUGCAAAAUCCGUACUCAAACAACGGCAUGGCCUCCGAAGGCCACUACACAACGUUGGCUGACUGGAUCAAAGCGACUCGGCAAAGUGACUAAAAAGGAGUGACUUUUCUGGUGUCAAUAAAUAAACAGAAGCAGCUCCGAGGAAUACGUUGGUCUUGUUUAGCCUUUGCUUCACCCAUUCUGGUCCCAGUAAGGCUCAGUGGGCAUUUGCUUGGUAUAUUACAUCAGUGGGCAAAAGAGCAAAAAUUAUUGGCAGCCAGUUGGAAUCUACAAUUAGACAAAGGCAAUGUUUCUAGGCGGUAUAAUUCAAUAUGGACUAGUUUUUUUCUUUAGCAAAGACAUCACCAAGAAUGCUUGGUAAGCUGUCAUUGGUCUUUACUUCCCAUUAUUAUUCUGGAAAGACACCAUUUUCCUAAAUUUUUUUAAUAAAAUUUAAUUUCUUGGUAAAUUUGAAACAUUAAAUGGACCACGCAGAACCUUUCAAUAUUUAUAUCAAGGACGCCUUGUUCAAAACACCAUCGGUGCGAUUAACUGAUGGUUGGUGUUCAGGACCUUAGUGCAUACUCAAGACUAGUUGAUAUGGGUGCUUUCACAUCAUGGACCUGGUCCCGGAUCCGAGUACACUUGACCCCAAAUUCCAGUUCGUUUGAUUAGUAUGAACGCUUCGUACCAUAUUCGGGCACGGUUCGACGAUCCGUACUCAAGUCUCUUGAAAACAUGGUCUGGAGUACUGUUCAUGCGUACUCGGCGACGGUUUAGGUGUAAAAGCCAACCGUACCAAAACACGGAAUUGGACUGCUAUUUAACGCAAGUAACGUUAGCAGUCAGGGAGUAGUUUUGAAAGGGCAGGCUUUUUUUCCAACGCCGCCGGUCUCCUCCGAAAUCUCUAUAUGCUCGCAGCAUGCGCCGUGGGUGAUAAAGCAGGAAGGCAGGCGAGAGGGUCCUUAAAAUAUAAACAAUAGAGGCGAUGGGGUUGGGCGAUGUUUGUUAUUUUAUUUAGCUACCUUAAUGGUCUGCCUUUGAAGAAUGAGAGCCGCUCGGUGGGCAGAGACCAUUGAUGCAUUAGAAGAACUGGAUACGGCAUUGGAGGCUGGGCCCCGGUAAUUCCUAUGAGAGUUGCUCAUUGGCGCAUGAAGCCUAAAUGGCUAUACUUCCGUCUGGAAAAGUACCCGGAUCUUGGCGGAGUAGCGUCCGAGAUGAUUGGCGGAGUAGCAUCCGCUCGGUCACAGGACUUGGUCCUAACGUCAUCCCGUCGCCCAGGCUUGCGCUCCAGCCUCAGUCUGAGUCUCACUCACAUGAACGGAGGAAGGGAAAUGACUUUGGAUUCGGCUAUUAGUGCGUUUUACAACUUUAAAAACUUAAUUUCUUUAAAUAAGGGC